AUGAUGGCUAAAGGAAAAGUAUCAAGGGAACUUCCUUUGACUCCUCCUUCUUCCAUGAAGAAAGGUUCUCCUGUUGGAAAAUUUGUUGAUGAUGGUGUUAAGAUUGUCCCAAAACAAUUGCUAACGCAGUUAAAGAAAAAUACUAGGAAACCUAGGUUGAAAUUUAGACCUGCUCCAUUCACACUUUUAAAUAUUGAUGAUACAAAAUUAGAUCAUCCAACUGGGGAAGAUGUCAAGAAUAUAGAGUUUUUGUCGUAUGCUCUAAAACAUAGUAGACGUGUCAUUGUGGGUACUGGAGCUGGGGUCUCUGUAGCUGCAGGGAUUCCGGAUUUUAGAUCUUCACAAGGUUUAUUCACUUCUUUAAAAACUACAAAAAAUGUCUCUUCUGGUAAAGAAUUGUUUGAUUAUAAUAGAGUUUACUCAAGUGAUAAUAUGAGUAUCAAGUUUAAUGAAAUGAUUAAAAAAUUACAUAAAAUGUCGUCAAGUACCGAGCCCACUGCAUUUCAUGAAUUGAUUAACUCGAUUGCAUUAGAUGGUAGGUUACAACGCUUGUACACUCAAAAUAUAGAUGGUUUGGAUGUAAGGUUGCCACAUUUAUCAACUAAAACUCCUUUGGCUAAACCAGCACCAAAAACCAUUCAACUGCAUGGGAGUAUUCAUUAUAUGGAGUGCAACAAGUGCUCUAAAAUAGAAGAGAUAGACACUUCCUUGUUCCAAUCAUCGGAGGGCGAUGUUGAUGAGACAACUCAAAUUGUGCCUUCAUGUAAGCAGUGUCUUGAAUUCGAAUCUGUAAGAUUGGUAGCUGGGCUAAGGUCAAAGGGUGUUGGUAGAUUAAGGCCUAGAGUUGUUUUAUAUAAUGAAGUUCAUCCAGAAGGUGAUCUGAUAGGAGAGAUAGCCAAUUUAGAUAUUAGGAAAAAGCCUGAUUGUUUAAUCAUUGCUGGUACAAGUUUGACAAUCCCUGGUGUCAAGUCACUUUGUAAACAGUUUGCACAGAAGGUAAGAGAUUCGAAAGGUAUUGUGAUAUAUAUGAAUAAAGAAAUGCCAUCGAAAAGUGUUAUAGAUACAAUAGGUAAUAUCGAUUUGAUCGUCCUCGGAGAUUGCCAAAAAGCAUCAGAAUUAUUAUAG